AACUCAUUGUCUGCAAAACCAGCUGGCGUUUGAUUCCACACAAGCAGCCCGUCAUGUCGCAUCAGAAAUCGCACGAACGACCUGCGAGGGCCCGCGCAGCCGUCAAAACGUAUAAUCUCAAGGUCUUAACUAACCCCACCCACAAGAUGUAUCUCAACGACAGUGGUGCUUGGGUUUUGCGCAAACCACGCGAGAGCAUGUCCCUUGAUAAAGUGGACGACACUAUCUCGAGAGUAGGCAUACCUGCCAAUCAGCGACACAACAGCCGCAGCAACACAUCCAGCGCCUUGACUUCGCCAAUGCUAUCUCCCAGUUUAUCUGCUCUUGGGAUAUCUCUGUCAGAUGAUACUACUACAGCGCCUGGGCAGCUUGAAGAGGCUCCUCUUCUUUUUGACUGCUUCAAUACUCAUGUCCAUCCAGGAGGCCACUUCUACUCUGCGCACGAGCUCGUCUUGCAGGGGGUAUGGAUUGGCUAUCUCUCUCCAGACAGACACACGGAAAGGUUCCGGAACCUACCUUCUUUCGAUAACCUAAAGACAAAUUGCAAGAGAUUCAGUACACCAUUCCCACCGACCAUCCAUGGUGGCGCGGGAGAGGAACUGAGUGCUGUCUGCCGAGGUUGCAUUGGAGACGACUCAGCCAUCAUCACCUUGCGUGAGAUUCAGUUCGUUGGCAACACAAAACUUGUCAUUAUGCCCUUGGACGGUGAUGAUGAGACAGGCCUGUUUUGUAUCAUGCUACCUCAGUUGAGUGAUACAUCACUAUGUGGGCUUCAGUCCUAUCGGCCUUAUGAGUACGGCAACGGUGGGACAGGGGAUACUUUUGACAACAAAUUCAUGCUUCUCACACUUCGCAACACAAGCCAAGAGGUUGGGACGCUGGAUACGGUGCGAGCAAUACUGGGUCCAGCUGAGCUAAAAGGGGUUGAAGGUCGCAAAGCAAAGCGUCCGACAAUGGACUCAGCCAGCGACCCAGCUUCUGUUGCUUCUUCGAGUACGGCCAAACGAAGUACCCCGCUCACGACCAUAGCUCGAUUGAGUGCAGGUAAUAACAAUGAAGACAUCCAGAAUGGCCGCGUGCAAGGCACUAGGAGCUGGUCAGUCUAUAGCGCAACCGAGCAGGAAGGUCUAGAUGAAAGCAUCAAGAGCGAGAACAACAAUAGCGACAGCAGUGACAACAACAAUGACGACCACGAUGACGACCACGAUGACGAAAACAACAACAAACACAACAAUGAAUGCAUCCUACCGACAACACAUGAUCCAAUUUCCCUAGACGCUCACGAAUCUCUUCUAAGGGCCCCAACUGCCGUGGACGUUACACGGGUCAUCCCCCUCGAUCUCACUGAUGAGCAAGCUCGACGGGUAUCCAUUGUAUGGAUAGUCAACGACGAUGGAAUUGAGUAUGAAUUUGUCCACACGAUCAAGGACUGCAAGUCGUUCAGUGGCUUGCUCAGCUUGUUACAAGAAGAUACCGAGGCGAUUCCUUCUGUCGCGAUGAUAUUGGCAGAGGCUAGGUUGUGGCGUCUGACGUAUCAACUUCCCAGUCAAACAAGGAGGGCCAUCGUUACUCGUAAGGGAACGGAAACCGCUUUUGACCGUGUGCAGGCUGCACUCGCCCAAUCUUCGGUCUGGGAUGACAAUCCCCACAUAAAGAUUGACAUGGAGCUCACAGCUUUGGGUCGGCCUCUUGAUACUGCGGUCGCAACGUAACAUGUCUUCGCUUUCGAUCUGUUUAGCGUCAAGGCAGGCGCUUCCUUUCCAAAACCUUACAGCGUAAGUUAUGACGGCGCCACUGGAAUCUAUCGCAAGAAAGGGUUAUAUUCUUCCCUAUUAUACACACACUAUUUGGAUAUGAAAAUCAUCAGCACAUUAGGUACGAUCAAUACUAUACUUGGCCUAGUCG